AUGCAGUUUACUGACCAUGGCGUUGAGGGAGUAGUGCCUGUAGAACUUUUACCACCUGAUUUUCGUUUCAAAUACCAGUCUAAACCAAAUGACAGGGCUAAACGUGCUAAAAAGGAAGAAGCAAAGGGUUCUGCACAGCAAGGGGAAGAAAAUGAGAUCUCAACUCCUGCGAGUGAAAAUGAUGAAGGAAUCAGAGGUGAUCUCGAGGCCUCUACAACCCCAAUGGAUGCUAAACCUGAAACUGCUGGUGUGACUGACAUGGUGUCCCAUGGUGCCAGUCCAAUGCCGGACGAAAACCAGAAGCAAAGCUCUCACACAGAUGCCGAUCCAGAGAUGGGCCAAUUGGAAGCAGAUUCUGAGGCAGAGGCGGGGAUCAUUGAGGGUGAGGUUGAUUUAGAUGUAGCUUCCUGA